CUUUGGCCACGUCCCGGAGCCACGUCGCGCUUUGCUCGCCAUUUUCCCGUCUUCUGAAGCCCAGAAUCAGUCUAUUCUAGUAGUCACGGUGUCAUUCAACACUGUCAGCUCAUCAAUUAAUCGUAACCGGAGACGCACGGAGCUCUUAAUAGAGUUUAAAUCGGGUUACCUCACCUGGAGCUCCCAUAAAACAUGAACAUCUUCAGGCUAACCGGGGAUCUCUCCCACCUAGCAGCCAUCAUCAUCCUGCUGCUAAAGAUAUGGAAAACCAGGUCUUGUGCCGGUAUUUCUGGAAAGAGUCAGGUCCUGUUUGCCUUGGUGUUCACCACUCGCUACCUGGACCUGCUCACCUCCUUCAUCUCUCUCUACAACACCACCAUGAAGGUCAUCUACAUCGGGGCUGCGUACGCCACGGUGUACCUGAUCUACGUGAAGUUUAAGGCGACUUAUGACGGGAACCACGACACAUUCAGAGUGGAGUUCCUGGUUGUCCCCGUUGGUGGCCUGGCCUUCCUGGUUAACCAUGACUUCUCUCCUCUGGAGAUCCUGUGGACGUUCUCUAUCUACUUGGAGUCGGUGGCCAUCCUGCCGCAGCUUUUCAUGAUCAGCAAGACCGGUGAGGCAGAGACCAUCACCACCCACUACCUGUUCUUCCUGGGACUCUACAGAGCCCUCUACCUCAUCAACUGGAUAUGGAGGUUCUACUUCGAGGGAUUCUUUGACAUGAUCGCCAUUGUCGCUGGGGUGGUGCAGACCAUCCUCUACUGCGACUUCUUCUAUUUGUAUGUAACAAAAGUACUCAAAGGAAAGAAGCUGAGUCUGCCAGCUUAAGUGCCAAAGAGGAGUGUUUUGGCAGACUCAUAGAGGGGGAUCGGAGGGGAGGAGGAGUGGUAGCGGACACCUCUGCUCUGACAACCCCCACCCACCCUCCACCACCACCACCACCACCACUUCCUCCUCCUCCUCCUCUUCCUCCCCUCCCGCCAGUGUAAGAUGCCUGAGACAGAGAGCGAACGGGAGCUGCUGGCUGAACCUUCUUCUGAUCCAGAAUCAGAGGAAUCGGAACACCUGCAGAGGCCGGUCCACGGCCUUCGGAUUUCUGUUUGAUGCAUCUUGCCUUAACUUUUUUUAUUACUCUGUAUAAAGGAAGAAGAAAAAAAAAAAAAAACCUGCGAGUUUUCUACAGAAAAAUGUGUACUCUGAAGAUUCGACACAUUGGUGAAUAUGAGCUGAAGAUGUAAAAUUGCCUUUGAUUUGGCAUUGUACGAUAUUGAAGCGGACUUCUUGUGGUGGGAUAUUAUUGACUCGAGCGUUUGUAAUAGUAUUUGCAAUCAAAAUAAAUGUACUUUGUUUUUCCUGAAUCAAUUUGGGGAGGAAUUUGUUGAAUCCUCAUAACUUUGGUGGUCAAAUUCUUCACGUUUUGCUCUUCUAUUUCUGACCACUAUGCAUUCCCAUGUAUAAAGACUAUCUAUUUUGGUUUCCAGUGCCAUUGGUAGACUAUAAAUUCAAAUGUAGAUGCCAUCAUUUAACAUUGUCUUUUCCAAUCUUUGUUCAAAUGCCCUCAAAAUUGACCAGUAUGAGUUUGUGUGAAUGGAAGUAAAGGGUUGAAACGGGACGCCAAUGAACUUCCAUCACUGUAAAUGGCUUUCUUCAUUUGAAAACCCCCUUUCAUCACCCGUGAGGACAAUAUAUCGCCUGUAAGUAUACAUCAUUGCUCAGCUUUUUCUUUUCAAAUGGCUCCUUUUUAAUGUGUGAGAUGAGUGAAUUCACUGCUGAUGUGCUGUAUGUGGAUUAUCACGACACAAAUGGAAGUUUUUCUUUUAGGUGUAUUUAUGUUUUUAUCUUAUUCCUGGUUUUUCAAUUAACAGAGUCCGUAGUUGUGCGUACUUUUUUAACAGUAGAAUUAAAUCUCCCUGUCGGAGACGAGCACAAUCCUACGAACGCUGUUACACUGAAGCUUAAAUAGUUCUCAAGGCAUAUCUGCUUCUAUUUUAGUUUUCAUGCAUCAUUCCGAAUUUCCUUUUGAUUUCUUUCCAGAGCUUUUGCAUGAUGUUGCCACCACAAAUAAAUACUUUAUGGGAAA